GUUCUCAUCCAAACGUACAAAUAGAGCAGGUUUCUGUUGGAUCCACCAUCAGCUCAGGUCUUCACUCAUAUCCAGGUCUAACACCAUGCUCUGCUCCGGACUCAGCGGCACACUGUUGCUGGCAGCAACAUGUUUAUUCAUGAGUUCAGGCUUUGCCACUGCUGAACCUUCUAUCCCUGGUAGUGGGACUCCCACAUCCACAGAGAGGGUGAUCACCUGUGAAAGCGUCGACUAUGUACAACGCCUGAGCUGUGAGACAGGAGUGAUCAUUGUGCAGUCAGCUCUGUACGGACGGGCCGAUGCAGAGACCUGCAGUGAGGGCAGACCUGCAGAUCAGCUUGGAAAUACAGACUGUUCUCAGAAAGGCACUCUGGACGUCAUCAAGAAACGCUGUGAUGGCAAGAAGGUGUGUGAAAUAAACACAAACGUCGUCCGUACUUCUGAUCCGUGCUACGGCAUCUACAAAUACCUGGACACCACCUACGCCUGCUUCCCAGCGAUCGACAGUGUAGCAUGUGAGGGUUCAAUAGCAAACCUUCGAUGCGAUGAAGGACAGGUUUUACUCAUCCAUGCAGCUGAUUACGGGCGCCAUGAUACGACCACGUGCUCUUUCGGCCGUCCAGCCUCUCAGAUCCAAAAUAUCAGCUGCUCAAAGUCCUUGAGCCAAGUAGCUGACAGCUGUAACGGGAAAAGCAGCUGUGCUGUCAAAGCAAGCAACUCAAUGUUUGGAGACCCCUGUGUGGGCACCUACAAGUACCUGGAGGUGGUGUACAGCUGUAACUUUCCUCUUGCAGGUCACUGAAUGGAGGAAACCGCUGAAGUCCAAAAAGCAUCACUGUGUAUGUUCUUCGAAUUAAAUGUCUAAUGAAUCAGUAACCAACAAAUCAAGAGUACACAAAAUCAAAUGCCUCAUGUGGUCAUAAAUAUGCGGACACGUAGUGAAUUUAGAUCCAUGUAAGAGUCCAAACCAGCUGCGGUCUGUGGUGUCCAUAUACAUUUGAUCAUAUAGUUUAAGAUACUCAUUG